AAAACGAGUUUUUCAUUCACGGUGAUUUUCUCUUUCGAGUACACCUGAUCAUUUGAUUCCAUUUUCAGUCAGCGACUUCACUUCAAAGAUUUGAGAAUGACUACCAUGUGGAAGCUGGUUGCUCUUGCAGCCGCGUUGGUGACGGUUUCAUCUUCGGUCAUAAUGGAGUCCGAUCUUGAAGUCUGUCAUCUAAGGAGGAACAGCUGCUGCAACUGUACAGUGAGGACUUGGCUGACAUGACCCCAGAAGAAAUCGCCAAGUUUCUCCUUGUCGACUUUAAUUCCGUUAGUGCUUCAGAAGUCACGGGUGAAGGGCUUUCUGGUAGAUGCACCACAUCUAGACAAGAUCUCUCAGCUGAGUGCUGUGCCACACUGUCUUUCAGUUUCGGCAAACGCUAUAGCUUCUCAGUGUGUGCUUCCGUCAAGGUUCUUACAAAAGCAUUUGGCCUUCACAUCAAACUAACCGUCCUGGGUAGAACAAUUUACAGCAAAGACAUAUCAGCCCGUCGUUCACCAGCAAUUUGCGUAAACGUCCCUAAAAUAAAACUGGCUCAAGUCUGCCUGGGCAUCCGUAAUAUCCGAUGGACAAACGGCUUCCAUGCAUGCGUUGCAUUUCAAAUUCAUGCCUUUUUCAAGACUUUGUUGGAUAAACAAAUUGGAUGCAUUAACAUCUAAAAAUGGUUGGCCUAACUCACAUCCAAACACUUUGAUCGUAAUUGUGCUAUCAAAAUAAUAUAAGACUAGUCAGCAUGUUUUGCUUUUCAAGGCUUGUAGAGUAUAACUGACACAAAGCGUGUAUGCUGUGUGAUUGAAGUAUUUUCCAAAAAGUUGCACAAAGCUAAAUCUUUCAGAAGAAAACUGGCGAUAUAGGCUGGCGUUUAGAUGAAUGUUAUCAUUGUUAAUUUUUAAAACAAAUGAUUCUCAGCACAGUAAAUAACAUCUGGAGCAACCUUGCACAUUAAUGACAAUUUAAUUUUCAGCAAGGCUUUCCCAUUGAGGGUUACAAAAAAACCUUUUAUAGUUUAUUUAGUUACGCUGCUUUGCAGCGACUACGAAGUCAACUUGUAUAAAAAAAAAACUACGUACAGAUUAACCACCCACUGACAAAUUCACAUCAGCGGCUGUUAAACAACAAAACCUUCAGCUAAAUAAACCUUUCUUUGUCAAAACAAUAUCUUCCUGUAUGUAUGAAUGGUCAAAGUCAUAAAUGUCUCACCACUUUUUCUUUAUCAAGAAUGAAAAGUGAACCUGAGCUGCAGCCGCAUUUCAAAGGAGAAAAUGCACAGAUUUCUAAUGGUGGAACUGGGGGUACAGGCAUCUGCCCCCCGGUAGCUGUGCCACCGAUUAAAGUCAGAGGAUUAGACAUUGUGAAUUGAUGUUUAACAGCAUUGAUUAUUUAGUGUAACAAAUCCGACCUUAUUUCGUUGACGUAUUACCACGAUUACUAUUUAUUUUGAAGAAGACGGCGAGUAAUAGUUUUUUCAAGCAAUUGGUAGGCAUAUAUAUCAAAACUGGCAAAAAAGUCUCCGAGUUUAUCAUAUUGUAACAGUAGUUAAAAUUUAAAUUUCUUUGCACUUCUUUAAUUUUAAUUCCUUUGCACUUUAUCCCUAACUUCAUUGCUAGCAUUGCUACAAAAAGUAAACGUAAUUGGCAUUUUAGACUCUAUUCGUGUAUUUUCAUCAUAUCGUCAGUCAAAUAAUGUUAAAAGAAAAAAAAGGGCUUCUGAUUUGUUGUGGGAAAUGAGCAAUUUAGAUUGAAGCUAGUACAAACAAAACAAGGUAUAACUUUAAGGUAUACCUCAUUGGCUGUUUUAGUAUACAAAUACUGUUGAGGUAAUAUCAUCAACAGCAAGAGUACAAGAAAUUGUCAGGUGCAAUUGAAGAGACACAUUAGAUCCUUUUGGGAGUAGAUAAAGAAUACAAAUAAUGAAAUAAAUACAAGCUAUGAAA